AUGAUGCUUUAUAAUCAACUAGUCGUAAUCAGUUCACUUCUUGUCUUGGUCGUAGCCAGAAUGAAUACCAACAAAAGUCCAAGUGUAGGAGCCAUAGCUCCAAGUUUCAACGCAGACCUGAUGAUGCGUGCAUUGGGAGUGCCGUCGUGUGUCCGAAGGUGCGUAGAUCCAUUUAUGGAACAAGCUUCAAAGCUCUGGCACCUGCGUGACAUCGUCGAAAACGUCAAACCUCUUUGCAGGAGCCAUGAACAAGCAACGCAGUGCCUGAAGAAGGCACGGCUCUGCGAUACUCACAACCUGUUCAAGACUGCUAGCAGCAGUGUGACGAGGAUGUGCGGUGAACGAGCAGCCCUGUUCGAGAAAAUGAAGCCGUGCCUCACAAAAUACGCUGAUGCAACCGCUCAAUUGUGUGAUAACAAAUGCCAUGGCCGCAGCAACGUUACUGCAUUCCUCAACAACCCUGCCAUUAUCAGAGCGGCCAGGAUGGGCGGCAGUCUCCUAACAGUGAACGAUCAUCUGGGAAGUCUUUGCAGUUCGUUCAACUGUAUGUUACCGUGUGCCACCAUCGAGUUGAACAAAGUUUGCCCACUCAGUGGAUGGCUUACCUUGGACAUUCUUUUGCAACCGGUGGAAGCAGUGUCUGAUCUUAUGCUGAAGGCCACACCAGCAAUCAAAGACUUUGUUGCCAAGAAAAUGGACAAAAGGUGUCGCUUCGCCAUACAGAAGAGUGAAAUCAUGAAAAUGAGAAAAGGACAGUUUAACUAU